AUGGACAUUGAGCCACACGAGGAGACAGCUAAAAAGGACGUGUCAGCACCCGAUCUUGGAGGCAAUGGGAACAAAUCACCUACACGUCGCAACAGGUCGAGUCGUCGAAAGUCGUCCUCCACCACUAUGGAUGAUUCAACGCACAAAGAGACACCAUCAAAGGCACAAGGAUCUCGUAACAACACAACACGACACAAAUCCAAAAAGCCUGCACCAGCGGCCAAGUCAAAGCAAAAGGAUGACACCGAGCAUGCUGCAUUAAACGCCAAUACAGCGGAUGAUGUGGAUGACGCUGAAGAUAAGAAGAAACGUAGCAGCCAAAAGAAAGAGAAGGUCGACAACAAACAGCCACAACCCAAAUCAUCAUCAUCAUCGUCAGCAGCAGCACUAGUAGUAGACGCGUCCAAUAAUCAACCAUCAGAGCCUGUCAAUCAAAAGGACACGACAAAGAAGAAGCAUAGGAAACGUCGUUCAAGCAAGAAAGAUAAGGAUGACCACCAAGCAGCCACGAAUGUACCAGAAAGCACAUUAUCAAAUGAUUCGUCACAUGCGCAACAACAACAACAGCAACAGCAACCAUCCUCCACAACAACAGAGCAACCAGCAAAGACACGACAGCGUAAAAAGAAAAAGAAAAGCAAAGAAGCAGGAUCAACAGACGCGUCAAAACAACCAGAGGAUUCGACCCUGUUACCAUCCAAUGAUUCAUCAUCCCAUGUACAGCAGCAACAACAACAACAACAACAACCAUCAUCCUCCACAACAAAAUCAACAAAGCCAAAGAAGAAGAAGACCACCAAGGAACCAGCACCUGACGCACCUAAGCAUCCAGAGGAUUCAAAGCCCAAAGAAAAGGAAUCAGCGGGUGAUGAAAAGAAGAGCAAAAAGAAUCGAGAUAAGCGCACCAAAAAGCCUGAUACCCGAUCAUCACAAAAGUUCAGUCCUUCAUUUAUUGGUGGUAAUCGUCGUCGUCUUGCCAAUGGCGUGGAAAUCACUGUUUAUCCCCGUGGCAAUGGUGCAUGGAGACAACCAAAGCCUGUAGUGGAUGCGCCUGUUUUCAUAUCCAAUAGCGUCGAGGAUUUGGAUAUCCAUUUUGCCAACGAUGUUCCUCCUGCUGCCAAAGCCCCUCCAAAGAUGCGUUCAGAUACUCAGCAUGAUCGUGUAUUAAGCGAGGUGACCAUCAAAUUACCCAAAAAGAGCGAUAAAUCGUCAUCAGCCAAUGUCACUUCCCCACCAGCAUAUUGUCACCCCGAUGAUCGUAAUCCACGCAAGAAACGACUCAUGUUCAAUGCCUAUCCCAGUCCUGAAUCAAUGCAAGAAGAAAUCCAAAAAGGCACCUUGAUCCGUGGUAUCAUACGUAUCAGCAAAGCACAUACAUCAGAGGCCUAUGUUGUUCCAGACACGCUUGAUCAUGAUAUUUUCAUCCUUGGACGUCGACAACGCAAUCGAGCAUUGGAAGGAGACGUUGUGGCGGUGCGUUUAUUGGAUGUGGAUAAGAUCUGGGAACGCAAAAAGGAAGAGGUCAGAAAGAAAAAGGAAGAAUCAGCCAAAGAGAAAGCAGCAGCAGCAGCAGCAGCAACCAAUGGCAAGGACGCCGAGGAAGAUGCAUUAUCCGAUAAUGAUGAUGACGAAGAAGAGGAAGAUCAGACCCAUGAUGAAGAAGAGGAGGAGUAUGAUGAGGAUAAGAACAAGCCGAAAUAUUGUGGUGAAGUGGUUGGCAUUUUGGAUCGUGCUCCUCAUGAUGCCAUUGCUGGUAUCCUCAAAGUGGAACGUCCCAACGCCAAUGCACCCAAAGUGAAUGAGGAUGACAAGUCAAAGGAACCACCCCGACUCGUUUGGUUCAAGCCAACGGAUAAGCGUGUGCCUCUCAUUGCGAUCCCUUUUUCAUCCGCACCUGAGGAUCUGUUGGAAAAAGAGGAGCAAUAUACAAGCAUGAUUAUGACGGCCAAGAUUGUCAAAUGGCCCAUUGAUGCCGUUCAUCCAUUUGGACAUAUCAUCAGCACAUUGGGAAUGGUUGGCAGUAUCGAUACAGAAGCCAAGGCGAUUCUCGCUGAUUGUGGCGUCAAGGAUCUUCAGUUUACCAAUGCGAUUGUAAGAAGCUUGCCAAAGACACCUUGGAAGAUACCCAACAAGGAAUACAAGGUUAGACGCGAUUUAAGAUCUGAACGUAUCUUUACGAUCGACCCUGCAACGGCCAAAGAUUUGGAUGAUGCUGUACAUGUCAAAGAGUUGGAUGAUGGCAAUUUUGAAGUUGGCGUCCAUAUUGCCGAUGUAUCAUUUUUUGUCAGGGAGCGUACUGCACUUGAUGGAGAAGCCCGUGAACGAGGAACAAGUACCUAUCUCGUGGAUAGAGUCAUUCCUAUGCUUCCAUCCUUGCUUUGUGAAGAACUUUGCAGCUUGAAUCCAGGAAUUGAAAGGUUGGCUUUCUCUGUUAUAUGGAAAAUGGAUCCGACGGGUGUUAUUCUUGAUACUUGGUUUGGAAGAACCAUCAUCAAGUCAUGUGCCAAAUUAGCCUAUGAUGAUGCUCAAUGUGUGAUCGAGGGCAAGCCACUUCCAGAAACAGCCAAUGUGCAUGAGCACCCACGUAAAGGCGUAGAGCAAUCAAUUCUCAACCUAUACUCGUUGUCAAAGCAUAUGCGUAAACGGAGAUUUGAAAGUGGUGCUUUAUCCAUGAACUCGGUGCGUCUUUCAUUCAAGCUUAAUGAACAAGGGGAACCAGAGGACGUAUGGGUAUACGAGCUCAAGGAAUCGAAUCGACUUAUCGAAGAAUUCAUGCUUCGUGCCAACAUGAGUGUCGCCGAAAAGAUUUGCAGCCAAUUCCCCAACGAAGCACUUUUGCGACGUCAUGCACCACCUAUUGAACGAAGACUGGAUGAGUUUAUCAAGCAUUCAGAGAAUUUGGGUUACAAGCUAGAUGGUAGCAGUGCUGGCAACUUGCAAGCAUCCUUUAAUGCCAUUGAGUCUCAAGAAGUCAAGGAUGUUUUGAUCACGUUGGCCAUCAAGCCUAUGCAACGAGCCAAAUACUUUUGUACGGGUGCCAUGGAUAUUUCAAAGUACAACCAUUACGCUCUCAACGUACCUUUGUACACCCAUUUCACCUCUCCUAUCCGUCGUUAUGCUGAUGUCAUUGUACAUCGUCAAUUGAAUGCAGCAUUAAAGAAUGCAGAUACUUCUGGAUAUGAUGACCAAGAGGCUCAGCAGAUAGCACUUGAAUGCAACCGUAAUCGUGACGCAGCCAAGAACGCCCAAGACAUGAGCUCACAAUUGUACUUGGCCCAUUACCUUCACAAGUUGCAAAAGACCAAAGGUGCUAUUAUCAGAUCAGCUGUGGUGGUUCAAGUGUACAGUGAAGCUGUCGAUAUCAUUGUACCAGAAUACGGGAUUGAGAAACGUAUUCAUGUGGAUUCGUUGCCUGUUCAUCAACACAAGUUCAACACCAAUGACAUGUCCUUGCUGCUCUAUUGGAAGAAAGGUGUACCUGUACCCACGCAUGAAACGGAGAACAAUGUGCAAAUCGCUAGUGAAGAUGAGAAUGAUAGCGACAAUGAUUCAUGCCAUGGUAUUCCUAUUGCGAAGGCAUCUGAAGUCGCACACACCCCCAGUCAAUGCUUGGAUAAGGAACAAGGAACACAGCUGUUCAAGGUGUUUACUAAAUUCGAUGUGCUUAUUCAAGCCAAUGUGGUCAAGUCUCCCCCCAUCAUCAACGUUUAUCUCGUCAACCCCUUCGCCACCAUGCCAUCCACAUAG